AUGCACUCUGCUUUUAUCCUCCUCGCAGCUCUGGCUGCCGUUGUUUCCGUGGAGACAACCGAUGUCCAAGUGUUCCAACCUGGCCCCACGACCCUUCCGCUGCACGCCGUCGAGGCCAGCGUCGUCGAUGCCAAUGCUGGCGCCACCACUCUCGCCAUCAAGUGCGAGGGAAACAUCUACCCCCCCGGUGAUCACUUCGCCCUCUGCAGCCCUUUCACCAUUACCCAGGGCCCAUCCACCUACAGCGUCAGCGCAGUCUACUCAGCCUCGGCGGGUGGAGUCGAGGAAACCCACACUGUAGUACAAGACUGCGACAUCACCUCAUCCACCGAGUUGGCCACAUGCACACUGUCCGCCAAAGUGGAAGUCUCCGCACUCGGAAGAAAAACUGUCACCUCGUCCUCGGCGACGGUUACCCUUCACUCUGGCGAUAUUUGGUAUACGCCUGUUCUGGUGACCGCUGGCGCGGAGAAGUUGACGGCGUCGAGAGCGACGCAGACAGUGUCUGACACAACGCGGACAGGGUCUACAGCGACGCAGACGGCUGGAAAUGAUGGUGCUGUUGUUGUGAAUGCCGCUCCGGGAAAUAUGGGGCUCGGUCAGGCUGCUGUUGUGGCUGUCGCUGCCGCUGCAAUUGGGUUUUUGUAG